AUGUCGGCACUGGGAAGGCGAGGGGCUUCUGGGCUUCAAGCUCUGGCUACUGCUAUAUCCCAGAACCCUACGUGUCCUCUGCGCUCAUUCUCCAUUCUAAACCGCCCUCGGCCAAACUAUCCGGGCCAUAUUCCGCUGACGACAAUUGAGCGAGGUGCCCUGGCUGUUGGCUCAGCAAUUGGAUCUUUGAUCAAUCCACGAAGAGCAGACCUCAUUGCAGCCCUCGGCGAAGCCACUGCAACCCCAUAUUUCAUCUACCGGCUACGAGACGCAAUGCUCUCCGAUUCCACUGGUCGCCGCAUCCUCCGUGACCGCCCCCGCAUCACCUCCGAGACUCUCAAAAUGGCCUAUCUGCGCACUCUACCCGAAAACUCCGUCGGCCGCACAUACGCCAAAUGGCUCGAUCGAGAAGGUGUAUCACCCGACACACGGGACAAUGUCCAGUAUAUCGAUGACGAGGAAUGCGCCUACGUUAUGCAACGGUACCGCGAAUGUCACGACUUCUAUCACGCUGUGACGGGCCUGCCCAUCUUCGUUGAGGGCGAACUUGCGCUGAAAGCAUUGGAGUUCCUAAAUACUUUAUUACCUAUGACAGGGCUGAGCCUGUUCGCAUUUGUGCGCAUGAAGCCGGUCGAAAAGGAGCGGUUCUUAUCUUUGCAUUUGCCGUGGGCGGUGCGCAGUGGGCUUGGGAGCAAGGAGCUGAUCAAUGUCUACUGGGAGGAGGUGCUGGAGAAAGACGUGGAUGAGUUGCGAGCAGAGCUAAACAUCGAGCAACCGCCUGAUCUGCGCGAAAUUAGGAAGAUGAUCCGGCGACAGGAGAAGCGGGAGAAGGAGAAACAGCAGCAGAUGUCGAGCUGA